AUGCGUGUCGUUGUAUUCGGGGCCUCCGGUGUCCAAGGUGCUGCUCAAGUGGCGGCGUUAUCCCGCGCGGGACAUGACCCCGUCGCCGUGAGCCGCAACCCCAAACCACUUGAUAUUGACGAAAAGUCCAUAGAGACAUUUGCUCUCGACUUUGACAAUGCCCAUGGACUUGAUAAAGUCUUGGAACAUGGGGAAAUCAUCUUUUUGAACCUCCCUUCCACAUCCUUUCAAACCAGCGAACCCGUCAUUGCGGCAGCCAAAAAGAUUGGCGAGGCCGCCGCCAAGGCGAGCAAUGUAAAGUUGAUCGUUUUCAACACGAGCAUGCCAGUACCCGACGAAUCAAAGGGCAUCAGGGCACAAGAUGAUCGCCGAGAAAUACGGCGACUGCUUCGAGCUACCGGUAUUCCCGUUAUUUCCAUUCAGCCCGUCGUGUUCUUGGAGAACUUGCUCGAGGGAUGGGCCAGGCCGCCUCUUGUCGAGAGAGACACGAUUGUCUAUUGUCACCAAGAGAGUCUCGAGGUCUCUUGGAUUUGCCAUCACGAUAUAGCGCAGUUCAUGAUGGCAGCAAUGAAGCGUCCCGAUCUCGACGGAAGGAACUUUGCUGUUGCUGGUCCUGAAACAGUUUGCCUACCACAACUGACUGAAAAGCUGUCUCGAGCCUGGAACCGAUCGCUCAAAUACGAAAGCCAAACGGUGGAUGACUUUUGCGAAAAAAUCAGUCAGGCAAUGAAGGAUCGGUCCAGCCUCGAUCUUGACCGUGUUGUUAGCGACAUGCGAAAAGCCUAUACCUAUUACCGCGAGAGUGACGAGUUCAAACCAGACAUGGAACAAGUACUCAAAGAGCUGCCCGUUGAGCUGACUCUCAUUGAAGAGUGGGCAAGACUGCAUCCCUUGCCAUCACGUGCGUAA